AUGGGGUGCAUCUCCUCCAAGAUCCUGACGAGGUCGGGGAGCCUCCAGGAGAAGGCCAACCGGGGGUUCCAGAGGAGCGGCCUGGUCGAGGACAUCAUCCUCUCCAACUCCAAGAGCAGCGGCGACCAGUUCCUCGCCCUCCUCCGCACCUCCAGCGCCGCCGCCAGGAGGAGCAAGGCCGACGCCUCCGACCAGAGCAGAGCGCCGGCGGCGGCGGCGUCCAAGAUCGAGACGAUCAACGUGUCUGAUCUUCUAGCCGGGCUGGAGGAGGAAGAAUACAACACCGCCGAAGAAGAAGAUGAAGAACGCGAACGGCGGGAUGACCGGAAGGAAGGCGCGAAAAUUUCGCCUCGGUGCUUGUCGGAUGGCGCCGGCGGGAGCGCGAGGAGCUUCCGCACCUUGGAAGAGUUCGACGCGAUGGUGACGCGGUGCAGCUCGCCGGAGCAACCGGAGAAAAGGACAGUACUAGCGUCCGAACCGGACGCAUCGGGGUCGCCGACGCCACAGCAGAGCAGCUCGCCGGAGCAACCGGAGCCUUCAGCAGCACUAGCUCUCGAACCAGAUGUGUCGGUUUUGCCACCGCGGCUCCCGGAGAGCAGCUCCUCGGAGCAAGACGCAGUGGCCACGGCGACCAGCGCGACGCCCGGACAAGGAGAGGCCCGCGGCGCGAAGAGGCGGGCGCGGGCGAGGCAGCUCGGGGAGCUGAGCGCGCCGGCGCCGGCGGGCUUCGACUUCAGCAAGUCCGGCAGCCUGAGGGACUGGCUGCUCGGCGGAGGGCAGAUCUUCUCGCCGGGCUCCUACGCCACGCCCAAGUUUGGAAAAGUAGCGGCAGUGCCGUCUGAGUCCGAGGAACAUGGAGAGCGACGCGCGGUGUUUGAUCCGGAGCUGGUGGCGCAGCUGGAGGAGGCCAUGGAGGAGCUGUCCGUGGACGAGGAGCGCGUGCUGAGGGAGGUGUUGGAAGCUAUCGAAGCGGGAGAAACAGAGGGAACAGAGAGCUUGGAGAGGCUAGGCGAUCGGGCUGCGCCGCCGGUGGUGGCUGUGCAGGAUUAGGCAAUCAGUUUUAGGAUGAUUUUGGUAGGCUUUACCGUUUCA